AGAAUAACCGCUUCUCUGUGCCCUCGGCUCAUCCCCGGGCGAGACUGCUGCGUCUGGGGCGCUUUAGAAGCGUGACUCCAAGGUGUGUGUCGGGGAUCGUUAGUCCUUUCCGCCAGCCUCUUCUGCUCUUCUCGCCAGUGAUCGAGUCCUGGUUUCCUUGUGCCUCUCGGAAGAACGGCUGCAGAAUAUUUUUAUCUUCUGCGUGCGAUCCUUCUCCACCAGAUGUGUGUACCAGUUCUGUUUGCCAAGGAGUUGCCAAGGCUUCCCUCUCUGCCAUUCAUAUGAGGAGCAGCUUUAGUUCAUAGCCUGGGUGGGAGGGAACUGUCUUCACAUCUGAAACCCGCUGCUCUCUCGGGAUUAUGCUUCCCUGUUUGUGUCCGCGAAGUGAGACGACUGCCGCCGCGCACCACAGCAACACGACCCCCUCAGUGCCACCGCUGGAUGCAGAUGUUUCCUCCCUGUUGAUUCCAUCCUAAGCCAGCCAGAGCCCAGAGGUGGAAAGAUCUAUAACUUUUUAUUAAAAUAAGUGCAUUUAAAACUCCCAAAGGGCCCCAGGGUCUGAAGUUCUCUUUUUUGUACGGACAAAAGGAUUCUAAAUACAGGCAAUUUUUAUCUGCUGAGUGAUGCACGCUUGAAAACAUAACUCCUUACACAAUUGUGUCCUGGCAGGACAGGCCCUGUUAAUGCUGCAGAGUCAUCUCAGAGACGGACUGAAGGAAACCUCCAGCUGGAACUCGGAGAGAAUGAAGUUUGUCAGUUAAGGUGCCAAAAGAAAUGGGGACCAGCAACACUGAGAAGUUUUAUAGGAUCCCUGAAGGAAAAGGACCACACUCCGUUGGAUGUACAGACCUGAUGACUGAAAACGCCACUGAGGGAAGCUUCUUGCGCCUGUAUUAUCCAUCCUGCGAUGCUACAGAUAAUGAAGAGGCACCAUGGAUUCCAGAUAAGGAAUAUUAUCACGGACUUUCUGACUUCCUUAAUAUGUACCGAGUUGUGGGAGAAAGGCUUUUCCAAUACUAUGUUGGUUCGGUAACCUGUCCUGCAAAAUCAAACGCUGCUUUCAAGUCUGGGGAAAAAUACCCACUCCUCGUUUUUUCCCAUGGACUCGGAGCUUUUAGGACUAUCUAUUCUGCUAUUUGCAUUGAGAUGGCUUCUCAGGGUUUUAUAGUAGCUGCUGUGGAGCACAGAGAUGAAUCAGCUUCAGCAACAUAUUAUUGUAAAAGAAAGUCUGUGUCUGAGCCACAGGAAGAGUCUACAUCGAACAUGGAGAAGGAGUGGAUCUACUACAGGAAACUAAAGUCUGGAGAAGAAGAACGUUCUUUGCGUCACAAACAGGUGCAACAAAGAGCACAGGAGUGUAUCAAAGCCCUGAAUGUAAUUCUUGAAAUUAAUUCAGGAGAGGAAGUAAUGAAUGUACUUAAUUCAAACUUUGACUGGAAUCUCCUAAAGGAUUCUGUUGAUACUAGCAGAAUAGCUGUGAUGGGACACUCUUUUGGUGGUGCUACAGUUAUAGAAAGUCUCAGCAAAGAAAUUAGAUUCAGGUGUGGCAUUGCACUGGAUGCUUGGAUGCUUCCCGUAGGUGAUGACAUUUACCAAAACAGUGUUCAACAACCACUGCUUUUUAUCAACUCUGAAAAAUUCCAGUGGGCUGAUAACAUCUUAAAGAUGAAGAAGCUUGGCUCCAAUGACACAAACAAGAAAAUGAUCACUAUCAAGGGGUCAGUACAUCAGAGCUUUCCUGACUUUACCUUUGUGAGUGGAGAAUUUGUUGGAAGAUUUUUCAAAUUAAAAGGAGAAAUAGAUCCAAAUGAAGCUAUUGAUAUUAGCAAUCAUGCUUCAUUAGCCUUCUUGCAGAAACAUCUGCGUCUUAAGAAAGAUUUCAGUAAGUGGGAUUCUCUUGUGGAUGGCAUAGGACCCAAUGUUAUUCCUGGCACCAAUAUUGAUUUGUCUCCAGCUCAACUUGAAUAACUAAUACAAAAAAGUUGCUAGACAUCUGCCAGUGGAAGCUCUCCAAAACUGCCAUCACAGAAGUCACAAUGAAAGCCAGAGGAUCCAGUUUAAAUUGAGAGAAGGGAAUUUCUUUUCUGACAUACAACUUUUCAUACAAACUUACUCCACCUCCAUUUCCAAGAUCUGUGUUUACUGCCAUACUCAAGAGUGUUUCCCUUCCAAAAGCUGCUAGAAGUGCACUUCCUGUUGAAACUACCAUAAUUCCCUUCAGGCAAAGCUUUAAGCAGAGCACUCCUUGUAAAUCUCUCUGUUGUCAGCAAUAUUACUGUCGGUAGUAGUAAUGGAAGAGACGUGCCUCCCUUCUACUGUUCCCAUUAGAAAGGGGUAUGUGAUGCCCCAGCAGAUUGCUUGACCACCCUGAUGUUAUCAUACUUCACAUCCUUAUCCCAGAUAAGGUAUUACCAUUGCUGUCUGCAUCUAUGUGAAUUAGCAGGAGUUGGCUCUGCUGAUAGUUAAAGCAAGGCUCUGAUUCUUGGCAUGAGAUUCUUUGAAGUUACCAAGAUGAAGAAUGACUGCUAACUGAAUGAGCCUUGCUAAAGGGGGACUACUAACUGUAGCCUGUUUGCUUCAGAAUAAGGUUACAGACAAAACUAGAACUGGAACAAGCAAUACAGUUAACAAAUUAAUGUAAUGAAAUAUUUAUAUAACCUGUGAUCUUAACAUGAAACUACAACAACAUCUAAGGUCUGUUUUUCAGAAUUUAGUUUCCUAAUUAAACUCU